GCCAAGAGUGGAGCCCUUCGCGGCAAGGACCGUUGUCAUAAAUGGCGGCGUUUGGAAAAGCGGGGUGCGAGAUUUGAAAAUGGAGCAGGCAAGUGAUUUAACUGUCGCGAGCGACGCCACGUCCGUAUCUCGGACGCCGGCGCGGGCGGACUUUGUGGAUUGUGGCGCCUCAGAGGGUAGUUCUUCGGACCUCUUCGCUGAAGUGGAGUCGAUAGCCGCUGGAUGGAUGCUGGAUUUUGCCUGCCGCUGCCUGUGCCGCCAUUUUUGCGAGGGGAACCGGAUCGACUUCGAGAGGAGCAGAGACUUGGCUCUGGCUGUUAUUAAAGGGUUGCACAAAAUAGAACCUCAUCAAAGGGAAACAGUGUGCCUCUGUCAGCUGUUGACAUAUAUUGCGGAAGGAAAAAUAUUUGAUUCUGAUUUUGGAGAUGACCAAAGACUUUCACCACUGGAAAAUGCUUUGUCGGUUUGGAUUUCAUUCCUAAAAACACAAAGCAAACAAGAUAAAUUGCAGAAAGAUAUCAAGUACUUAAUUCAGAUUCAGGCAGUGGCUAUAUAUAUGGAAAAAGGAUAUUUUCAGGAGGCUGCAGAAGUGAUAGAAAGACUUUUUCCAGAAUCUUCCUGCAAUGAGCCUUUAAGAAUGAAGCUUUCUGCAGUAUCAAAACAAAAAGAUCCAUAUCAUCCAUUUCUUCAAUUUUUCAGUUUUAAUCUUUUGACUGAGAGAAUUAAAACUUAUAUCAAUAUUUUCUUGAAAAAAGAAACCAACAAUUUUUUAAUGAAGGAAGCUACAAAAGAGGUGAAAACAAAAAGUUCAGAAAACAUAAUGGUACCCAUACAAUGCGACAGUACAGUUGAAACAAACAAAGAAAAUCAUUUGGAAAACACACCAAACACCGUGUUAAAAUUACAUAAACAUUCCUGUUCUUUACCUGGUCAAUCAUUUUGGAAACCAAGGCAGAAUCCGAUUUCCCGCAAGCCCCAAAAUACAAAACGAAAAACUCUUCAAUGUAAAAAAAAUCUGAAAAAUACUACAGAUGCUCUACAAGAUGAAUUUCUGCCAGCUUGUCAGAAGAAAAAGCCAUGGAAGUGGGAAGAAGACCAGAAAUUAAAGAAUGGUGUACAGAAGUUUGGAGUUGGAAACUGGAUGAAAAUUCUUCAGAAUUAUGAUUUUAAUAAUAGAACCAAUGUUAUGUUAAAAGACAGAUGGAGAACUUUAGUUAAGUUAGGCUUGGCCUAAAUUGUUUUUUCCUCAGAUACUCAGCCUAUUAUUUGCCUCUUUAUAUUUUGAUGAUGAGGUCAUGUCUUAAACGAAUAAACAGGAACCAUUUUAUGCAAUUAUAGUUCCUAAAAAUAGUUUUUGGUGUCUUCGUUGAUUCUUGAAAAUAUAGAGGUGAUAAGUUGUUAAAUUGAAGUCUGUUACCCAGUUAUCAUCUGAAUAAAUCUGCUUAAGACAAGCAACUUUAGAUUGAUUUACUGUAUUUUUUGGAGUGGUAAGACACACCGUUUUACCCCCCCAAAAAAGGGUGAAAAUCUGGGUGCGUCUUAUAUUCCGAAUGUAGCUACGCCCAGCUUCUCAAACAGGUUUCAGAGGCUGAAAAAAGCAUCAGAAAUGGAGCUUCAGAAAAGAAGCCGAACAGAGCUUCAGAGGUUUUUUUCUGAAGCUGUUUCGGAGGCUUUCAGAGGGAGAAAAAAAAGUUUUUUCUGAAACAGAGUUUCAGAGGCAGAAAAAAAAGCAAGGCACAGAGCUUACAACCAAGGAAUCUGUUGCUAAAAUUCACCUCUGGGAACAGCUGAUUGGGGGUAUUCCGGGAGGCCGAUCUACCUGCCAAUCAGCUUUUUUCUUAUUUUCCUAUUUUUCUUAGUUUCCUCCCAAAAAAAUAAGGUGCGUCUUAUACUCCGGUGCAUCUUAUACUCCGAAAAAUAUGGUAACCUUUCAUUCUGGAGAGCUUGUAAGAAAUUCAGGGUAAUAUCUUGCAGGAUCAUACAAAUACUGCAAAGUUAAGACAUAAGUAGAGUCUUAAACAGACAAGUUUAAGAUCCAUGUUGGAUCUGUUUAAUAAGGACAUCUUCAUUGUUCUAUGCAAACAGGACAGGGAGACUAAAUUUUUCAGUGCAAGAAAUACUUUAACAAAGAAAUAAUGCUUUAGAACAUAGGAAUAUUUCUGCAACUUUUUCCAUAAUAUUUUUUAUAUGGCUCGGAGACUGAUAAUUUGGCUGCCUACAAUACUUUAUUGAGUUAACUAUUCAAAUAUGAACCCACUAUGUUCAACUUGUGGGCAACACUGAAGUGAAAUGUAGACUGUACGUCUGGAAAUUCUAACAAAUAUAUUGUGUUAUUAAGUUCAA